GAACAUUGGAAAGCGCCUUCCUUCCUAGUCGGUCGCGUGACCAUAUCUGGACUGCUAAGACCAGGAAGCGAUCGGGGAGUCGAAGCGUUCGAAUAGGUAAUCGAGUUAGAGAAAGCACGCACCGAGAGACUUCUUCCAUUUAUCCGAAGCGAGUAGUUCUCAAUCGCCUCUGCAGUUAUUUUCCACUCUUUAAAAUCACUUCCUUCGUCGAGGAAACGGGAUUUAUGGCGUCUAGACACCACUACCGAUCGGAAGGCGGCAGGAGACACCCUGCAAACCAGAAAAAGUUCGUGCCCAAAUCACAGAACGCAUCGAGUUCUGGUGAUUCGACUCCUAUCGCGUCGUUCACGUCUUCACUGAGGGAGAAUUCACGCAAAGUUGAUGAUGGGUCGUCAAAAAAAACAGCGGAUUUCCAAUCCGAUGGCGGUUCGAUUUCCUCGAACCAAGGUGAGCACGACGAGCCUCGAACCGGGUUAACGGAGAGACAGGUGAGGUUCGUGAACUACUUGCCGCAAGACGAGGCGGUGGCCAUCGGCCUUGGGGCCGAGGACGGCGGGCUUGAUCCCGUCGAGUCGCAGAAGGUGGUCGACCUUAUGAACGAGGAGCUCUCUCGGUUAUUGAAGAUGAAACCUCGUCAAUUCUGGAAAGAGGUUGCUAGAGAAAGUUCUGUACAUGUCUUCUUGGAUAGCUUUCUACAGUUCCGGAGCAGAUGGUAUGACUUUCCUCAUCAUGGGCCCAAAGAAACAGUUGCUGGGUUGAUAGUUGGGGAGUCUGAGCUAAGCCGUCGUGUCUUCAUGUUCUUCUAUCGCCUAUCUUCUAACAAAGAUCCUGGUGCCCGUGCUAGCGAUAGUCUGAGUCCCAAGGAGCACACAGCCCUGUUGCAAGAAAGCAAACUGCUUGACUUGCCAAAAUUGUUAGACAUAUGUGCCAUCUACUAUCACGACAACAAAGAGCUGACAAGGUCAUUGGUUUCAAAUGCAAUGAGAUCUCAACCUCUGCUCAUCGAGAAUUUAGUAGAUGCAGUGAACCAUUUUCUUAGGAUUGUCCAUACAAUGCAUAAGCGCUGCAGCUCAGUAUUGGAGGUUCUUUUUGCUGCUGGUAGUGAUGAAAGAAAUGGUCAUACUCAGCUUCAUGAAGAUUUUUUGGAGGUAAUGGACUUCAUUAAUGAUGCGGUCUCAACUCUUGAUGCCUUUGUGGAGGCAUACGAACCUGCAGCAGCAUCUUUCUCAUAUCCUGUGGAAACAAGUGAUGGCCACGAUGAGUUGCUUACCACACUUGCAAGAUUACAUGAUUCACUUCUGACAUCUUUAGAACAGGGAUUUGCACUCAUUUCGACUACCAAUGUGGACAAAUUCAAAAGCUCUUUUAAUGGCACAGCUCCUAAUAUUUCUCUUUGCCUGACUAUGUUGUCAACACGGAUAGUAAAGUUUGGUUGGAAAUUACUGGACUUCUGUUAUUUGAACCAGUCACCAGCUGAAGUUCAUUUGCUUAUUAACUCCACAAAGAUGUUCCCUGUCAAAUUUGAGGACCCAGGAAUAAGGGGAGAUAUUAUCUUGCAAGUUUUACGUGAGCUUAGCAUAGGAGUCUCGUAUGACCUCCAGGAGCACCAUGGGAGAAAAACAUUUAUUCAGGGAUUUGAAAAGAAUUUCAAAAUUUUGGCUAGGAUGGAGACUUUGCGGAAUGAUGGAUGGAUUUUCUUGGAUGAUGAACAGUGGAAAAGUUUACAACUGCUUGUGGCAAGCAAUCCUUCUGAUCUGAGAGAAAAUAAUCCCGUGGAAGAAAUUCACUCAUUGAGUGAGAAAGUGCAAGCAGAUGAAGAAAGAGUUAUCCUUGAAUCCAGGAUCAGUCAAAUAAAGGACAUUUUCCCUGAUUAUGGCAAGGGGUUUCUCUCUGCUUGCCUCAAAGCCUAUAAUCAAGACGCAGAGGAGGUGAUUCAGAGAAUACUUGAAGGAACUCUGCAUCGAGAUUUAAAAUCUCUUGAUGUCACUCUUGAAACAUUUCCAACACCUAAAAUUAGCAGGAAGGAUAAAGGAAAGGGAGUGUUGGAAGAGCCAGUGACUGUACCGUCCUCCUCCCCUGUGUUUGCAGCCAAAAACAACCAAGGAUCAUCAUCCUCUGUGAGCAUUGGCUUAUCAGACAGAAAUACCGAAGAAUCAUCUUCUAAUUCUUUGUAUGGGAGGUUUGUGAGAAAGCAGAAAAAUGAUGAGGUUAAUUCUUCAUUUUUAGAUGACAAGGGCGCUAAAGAUUCCGAACAGACUGCAGUUCUUGCUUCACAGUAUGAAUAUGAAGAUGAAUACGAUGACUCGUUUGAUGACUUGGGCCUUAGUCUGGUUGAAUCUGGAUACGAAGAAGCGGAGGCUCUUGGGGAUGGGGUCGCUUCAAAACGAGGUAGUUCCACUCCGUCCGAACAUGUGAAUGCGGGAAGAAAUUCCAACCUAAGAUGGGGUCAAAAGAAAACCCAGUUCUAUGUGAAGGAUGGUAAGAAUUAUAGUUACAAAGUCUCCGGCGGAAUUGCUGUAACCAACGCCCAGGAGGCCGCUUUGGUCAAUCAAGUCCAGCGGGAGACAAUUCACGGGCUUGGCCGUGGCGGCAACAUCCCGUUGGGGGCAGUCAAGGCUCUAAUGGAUUCAGGCGGUCCGGACCAAGCCUCCGACAGUGUAGAAGCAGCAGGUGGGAGAAAUUCAAACAGAGGACGUGGUCGGGGAAGAAGAGGUGGACGCAAUCAUUACCAGAAAGAUCGUUCAAUGAAGAAGCAUUUCUCUGGACUAACUGGUUAUUAAGAGUGCUUUUCUCCAUGAUUUUGUCCAAAAUUAUUUUGUUCCUUGUUAAAUAAUUAUAAUUUUUUGGAGCGGAGUGUAUAGACUUUUGAGUAAUAUUGCCUCGUUAGAGAUGUUUUGAUUUUGUUUUGUAAUGAAACGUAUAUGAGUUA